AUGUUCGACGAUCUUCACAAGCCACAGCUGCACGGCGUCGUCGACACGGCCAGGAAGAUAUACGCCUCGGGAGGCAUCCCCGGCUUCUUCAAAGGGUACAGCACGGUAUUCGUCAGGGCAUUUCCAACAAACGCAAUAAGCCUGGCUACGUGGACUUACAUUAUGCACGCGCUGUCUAAUUGA